AUGAAUGAAGACGGUAUAAAGCGAUUACAGUUUGCAACAAGAGAAAAGCUGAGAAGAUUUAAUUGUAUGCGGGGCAAAGAGUUGCAGCCUGGAGGCUUCUGGGAUGUGGUUGUUGUGACUGCUGUAGAUGAGAGCCAAAAGGAUGCAUACGAGACACAGAUCGCAGAGAAAAUUGAUAGAAAAGAGCUGCCUCUGGGAAUUCAUUAUAAUGUCUUCUCAGAUCCACCUGGAGCUAAAAUAGGGAAUGGAGGUUCAACUCUUUAUGCAUUGCAAUGUCUGGAUGACAUCUAUGGAAAGACGCUGGGCAGAUUCAAAGUUAUUCUUAUCCAUGCAGGAGGGUUCAGCCAGCGUUUACCCAACGCGAGUGCCCUGGGGAAGAUCUUCACCGCCCUUCCCAUCGGUGAACCUCUCUAUCAGAUGCUAGAGCUCAAACUGGCAAUGUAUGUGGAUUUCCCAUCUCAAAUGAAGCCUGGCAUACUGGUGACCUGUGCAGAUGACAUAGAAAUUUACAGUAUUGCAGAGGACGAGAGUGUCAGGUUUGACAAGCCUGGCUUUACUGCCCUUGCCCAUCCUUCCCUGCUCUCCGUUGGAACUACCCACGGGGUAUUUGUGUUGGAGCAGCAUGAAAAGACCGAGCCUUCAGAAAUGGAAUACAUUUCCUGCCUUCACUUCCUGCAUAAGCCAAGCAUCAGCAAGAUGCGAGACAGUGGUGCUGUCUGUCAGAUGCGCGGGGUUGGCAGCUCUUUGACCAACACUGAAUUUGUCUACACAGACAGUACAUAUUACUUGGACUAUGACACUGCAAUAGCUCUUUGUGGUUUAUUGAAAGAGGUUGGGCCUUUGGAGUGUGAAAUUGACGCCUACGGGGAUUUCCUCCAAGCACUGGGGCCCAAAGCCACCAUAGCAUACACCUGUGACACUGCUAACGUCACCCAACAGCAGAGCAGCCUGGUGGAGAUACGUAAGAAGAUAUUUCAUCGUCUCAGAGGAACGCCCUUAAAUGUUCUUGUCCUCAACAACUCCAAGUUUUAUCACGUCGGAACCACCGAUGAGUACCUCUAUCACCUUACCAAGGACACCACUCUGAGGACUGAACUGGGUCUCCUCUCCUCUGCCUUUAGUGAUUGUCCUGACGAGGCCUCCGAUGGUUCCAUAGUCUCCUGUGUUAUGUACAGCAUCCUGGAUCCCAGUUGUGCUGUGGCCCCUGGGUCAGUGGUUGAGUACUGCCGACUGGAGGCCGGCGUGACCGUAGGCAAGCGGUCUAUCCUUAGUGGCUGCUGGGUCAAUGUGGGUCACUCUGUGCCCGAAGGAGUCUUCAUGCAUUCGCUCUGCGUGAACAUCCAGGCUCAAACAGCCUUCGUGACCAUCGUUUUCGGUGUGGUCGACAACCUGAAGCGGGGUGUGGAAGGCCCCGCUUAUAUAGAAGGCCUGGAGCUCUUUGGGGUCAGCCUGGAGGAGUGUCUGACCCAUUGGGGUCUGGGUAACGAGAUGCUGAGGUUCUCGGGUGGCAUGUCCAUUUGUAGUUUGUGGAACGCCUGUCUGUUUCCUGUGUGCUCUGACCGACAGCGCUCGUUCUCCAUGUCUUUGGAUAUGGUGCAGGCCGUCCUGAAUGGCUCAACGCUCGCGCUACCCAAGGACACAAAGCUGAUGUCCAUGCACGAGGCUCUACAGUGUAAGAAUCUAGAGGAGAUGUUGAAGUUUCGGAGGGGACUGCACAGUGACCUCACACAGAGGAGGAGGUCAAGCAGUUAACAGCCACCAUGUUCCAUGGAGAUCGUGUUUGGAUCGUCAUGUUGGAAACUGCAUUAAAUGCAACAUGAGCAGUGGGCAGCUGCAGCGCCCAGGGACCAACUCCAGUUCUUCUUUCCAUUGCCUUGCUCAGAGACAAAGGCAGGAGUAUUAACGCUAACAUGCAUGUCUUUUUGAUGGUGGGAGCAAACCGGAGCACCCGGAGGAAACCCACGCAGACACGGGGAGAACAUGCAAACUCCACACAGAAAGGACCUGGAACGGCCUGGGGUUGGAACCCAGGACCUUCUUGCUGUGAGGCAACAGUGCUAACCACUGGGCCACCGUGCCACCACAGCAACUUUCUUUUUGAUAAAGAAAAAGAGGAUGAACCCUGGAAGCUGCAGUUUCACCACAUAAGAAUUGUCCUGUCAGCAGACCAGAGAAACCAGUUUGGUCCGCUUUGCAUUCCUGCCCUCCAGAAGGACCAGAUUCUGUUUAAAUGUGCAAUAUCUUUUACGUGGAGUGCCCUGCCAGAGACGGGCAGGCAGAGCAGUGACAUCACACUUUGGGAAUGUGGGCCGAUGCAAAGCGAACUGCCUUACUCGAAUCUAUUAUUACUUGAGUUUACCAUGGUGUUAUCAUUGAUAUUAUUAUCAAUAAUAACUCGGUCUACAUGGCCAGUCUACAUUUAGCCUACUCUGACAUUUAAUGGCGGCCAUUGUCCAAGUGCGGCACAGUGGUGUUGUGUUCAGUGUGUCGUAUGGAGCCUGCUGCCUCUGUCAGAAACACACCCCAUUGUUCUGGCAGGCUAUGGAUGGUUUAAGGCAAAGAUCACCUGCUGUUUCAUAAAGGUCCGAGGCUCUACUUGAACACACACACACGCGCACGCACACGCACACAUACACAUACACACAAAAGCAUGCUUGUAUUCAAAGGGAGAUCAGUUGUCAUAGUUGUGUGGCAUUCUACUCAAAGAUGAUUAUUUUUAGCCCUGAGCCAUGAUCCCGCUUUAUCUGGCCCUAUGCAGUUCGUGUGUGUGUGUGUGUGUGUGUGUGUGUGUGUGUGUGUGUGUGUGUGUGUGUGUGUGCGCACGUGUUGAGUGUGUGACAGAGAGAUAGAGAGAAUUGUAUUACUGCCUCGCUGUAGCUAACACAACUAUACAAUACAUACAAAACAGAAAAUCAGCAUUUCAAUGGGAAAUUACAAGUCCCGGCCGACUCAGACGUGCACAGGUAAUGUGUUGGGAUGUUUGUGAUCGGGCUGAGGGGUUUGUCUUCAGAGUUAUCUAUAGGGCUAAAGCCACAGAGGAUUCAUCUUGCUUUUUGUUGACAGCUUGUGUUCCCCAUGCUCAUGAUUUAUAAAAAAAAAAUGCAUUGUCUUUUAACACCGUGACUGAAGUUGUCAGAUGGAAAUGCAGAAAUGCAAUGCACUGCUGUCUGGAUUUAAUAGAUUUGCUUGGGAAAACAUUUUCUGUUCAGAGUCAGUUUUCUUUUCUUUUUUCAAAUGGAAAGCUACAAAUGUCGACUGAAUAGUGG